AUGAGGGGCCAAUUCCAGCUCUUCUCUUUGGUCCGGUGUGCCCGAAUGGGACGUGGAGCCUGCUGCAAGCCAAAGAGAAAAUUUGCCACUUGGACCUUCAGAUCUCUUGACCACAGGACCCUCGGCCAAGCAGUGCCCCAGCACUUUAAUUUUGCAAAGGAUGUGCUGGACCAUUGGUCCCAACUGGAAAAGGAUGGACACAGGGAGGCUCACCCUGCUCUCUGGGAAGUCAACACCGAAGGAGAAGAGGAUAAAUGGAGCUUUGAGAGGAUGAGUCAUUUCUUCCAGAAGGCAGCCAGCAUCCUCUCAGACACCUGCGGCCUCAACCGUGGGGACCGGCUGAUGAUAAUCCUGGGCCCCGCACCGGAAACCUACUGCAUCUUCCUGGCCUGUGUGCAGUUAGGAAUCACCUUUGUGCCAGGAACACCCCAAAUGACUGCCAAGGAGAUUCUCUAUCAGCUGCACACAUCUAAGGCCCAAUGCAUUGUGGUCAACAAGGCUGUGGUUCCACUUGUUGACUCUGUGCUGUCCAACUGCCCCACCUUGAAGACCAAGCUCUUGGUAUCAGAUAAGAGCUAUGAUGGAUGGUUGGAUUUCAGGGAUUUGAUGCGAGUCGCCCCUCCUAAGCAGACCUGUGUGGCGACCAAGAGUCAAGAUCCAAUGGCCAUUUUUUUCACCAACAGAACAACAAGUUCUCCCCAAAUGGUCGCAUUUUCCCACUAUGGUUUGGGAAUGGGAUUUAGCCAAACCUCAAGACAGUGGAUGGACCUCCAGCCGACAGAUGUCUUCUGGUAUCUGGGGGAUGCCCUCAGUGGAAGCUUGUCACUGAGCAGUGUGCUGGGAGCUUGGCUCCAAGGAGCCUGCGUGUUUCUGCAUCACAUGCCAACCUUCUGCCCCGAGACUGUUCUAAACGCCUUGCACAGAUUUCCCAUCACCACUCUAUCUGGAAAUCCAGGGGUAUACCAGGAAUUGCUUCAACACAAACAUUUCAUCAGCUACAGAUCCAAGAGCCUGAAGCAUUGUGUGUCUGCAGGAGGACCCAUAAGCCCUGGGAUGAUAGCAAACUGGAAAUGCAUCACUAAGUUGAACAUCUACGAAGGCUAUGCGAAGACUGAAACUGGGCUGCUCUGUGCCACUUCCAAACAAAUGAAAUUAAAGCCAGGUUCUCUGGGGAAGCCACUGCCACCUUAUAUUGUACAGAUUGUGGAUGAAAACUCAAAUACCUUGCCUGCAGGAGAAGAAGGGAAUAUUGCCUUUCGUGUUCAGUGGAAGCAACCCAGCUCACUGUACUAUCCACACAUGGAGAUCAUCUUUCAUGCAGGAACCACUCAGUUGAAGGCCAAGGACAUUCUCUACCGACUACAAGUGUCUAAAGCCCAGAGUAUUGUGACCACAGAAGCCCUUGCCCCUGAGGUGGACUCCAUGGCUUCUGAGUGCCCCAAUCUGAAAACCAAGCUCCUGGUGUCCGAUCAUAGCCGUGAAGGGUGGCUGGACUUCCGCUCAUUGAUGAAAUCAGCAUCCCCUGAGCACACCUGUGUUAAGUCAAAGACUUUGGACCCAAUGGUCAUCUUCUUCACCAGCGGGACCACGGGCUACCCCAAGAUGGCGAAACACAGCCAUGGAUUUGCUUUACGAUCUUCCUUCCCUUCUAGCAGGAGAUUACUGCAGCUGAAGACGUCUGAUGUCUUCUGGUGUCUGUCAGACCCAGGCUGGAUUCUGGCUGUUUUUGGGUGCUUGCUUGAACCAUGGACAGCAGGGUCUACACUCUUCAUUCACCAUCUGUCCCAGUUUGAGCCCAAAGUCAUUGUAGAGACAUUCUUCAAAUAUCCCAUCACCCAGUGCAUUGCUGCGCCAGGGGUGUACCGGAUGAUUCUGCAGAAGAACUUUCCCAGCCUCAGGUUCCCCUGCCUGGAGCACUGCAGUACUGGAGGGGAGCCGCUGCUGCCCCAGGAGCGAGAACAGUGGCGACAGCGGACAGGCAUCCUGAUCCACGAGGUCUAUGGACAGUCAGAAACGGCACUGUGCUGUGGUAAUCUCCGGGAUGUGAAGCCCAAGCCCGGCUCCAUGGGGAAGGCCUCCCCACCCUACGACGUCCAGAUCAUCGACAGCAAAGGCAACGUCCUGCCCCCCAACACUGAAGGGAACAUUGGCAUCAGAGUGAAGCCCAUCAAGCCCAUAGGCCUCUUCAUGUGCUACGAGAACGACCCAGCCAAGACAGCCGAGGUGGAGUGUGGGGACUUUUAUAACACUGGGGACAGAGCGACCAUGGAUGAAGAGGGCUACUUCUGGUUCCUGGGGAGGUCUGAUGAUGUCAUUAAUGCCUCCGGGUACCGCAUCGGGCCUGCAGAGGUGGAGAACGCCCUGGCGGAGCAUCCAGCGGUGGCCGAGUCAGCUGUGGUGGGCAGCCCGGACCCGACUCGCGGGGAGGUGGUGAAGGCAUUUGUGGUCCUGACCCAGCAGUUCAUGACCCAUGACCAGGCCCAGCUGACCAAGGAGCUGCAGGAGCACGUGAAGUCAGUGACGGCCCCAUACAAGUACCCCAGGAAGGUGGAGUUUGUUCCAGAGUUGCCCAAAACCGUCACUGGCAAGAUUCGAAGGAGCGAACUUCGGAAAAGGGAGCUGGGUCAGAAGUAACCUGCAGCAAAUGAGAAACCACUUUGACGUCGGCCAAAUCCUGGGCUGCCUCAGUUUCCCUUCAGGGUGAGGGUGAGGAGGGGCGCAUUGAAGUUGACUUGGAAGCACAUCAGAAGGCCCAGCUCUCCAGAAUAAACAGCAGUCACUCUCCU